UGAAAGCUUGAAAACCACAUAAAACAUAAAACGAAGAAACGUUGUUUACUCUGAAUCUCUGAAAAUCACACUGUGAGAGAGAUAAAGAGAAAGAGAAUUGAGGGAAAAGAAGCAAAAAAAUGAAGCUGAAAGUAUACGCUGACCGGAUGUCACAGCCAUCUCGUGCAGUUAUUAUCUUCUGCAAGGUUAAUGGAAUAGACUUCGAGGAAAUCAGAGUGGACCUGUCCAAACGCCAGCAACUGUCUCCUGAGUUCAAAGAAAUAAACCCUAUGCGGAGAGUUCCAGCUAUAGUUGAUGGAAGAUUUAAGCUGUUUGAGAGUCAUGCAAUUCUUAUCUAUCUUGCUUGUUCAUUUCCUGGAGUUGCAGAUCAUUGGUAUCCAGCUGAUGUUUCUAGGAAAGCUAAAAUUCAUUCAGUGUUGGAUUGGCAUCACUCUAAUCUACGCCAGGGUGCAGCCGGAUUGAUUCUCAAUAGCGUACUAGCACCUGUAUUUGGCCUUCCCCUGAACUCACAAGCAGCUGCCAUAAGUGAGAAACUUUUAUCCUUGUCCCUGUCAAAAAUAGAGUCCAUCUGGCUAAAGGGGAAUGGGCGCUUCCUGCUGGGUGGCUUUCUACCAUCCAUAGCUGAUCUCAGCCUGGUUUGUGAGAUCCUGCAACUAGAGCUUUUGGAUGAGAAGGAUCGCAGUCGUAUACUAGGCCCUCACAAGAAAGUUCAGCAGUGGAUCGAGGAUACAAGAAAUGCAACAAGACCUCAUUUUGAUGAAGUACAUAAUGUCCUCUACAAAGCCAAAACGAAAUUCCAAGUGCAGCGGUCAGUGGCGGCAAACAGCGAAAGGGAGUCUAGCAUAAAAAAAGUGUUGCCUUCAAAGAUGUGAAAAACAUGCUUCUGUUUCAUCGGGCAUUGUAAAUGUCACUGUUUACAAUGUUGAGCUUUGUUGCUAGAUUGUGUAAUAAAACUCUUCAGAUUUGUCAUGUGGUGGGUAGGUUUCGAAUGAAAUAAAUGUGAGAUUGAUUCUA